AUGCAGUUCAAGGCUCUCUCACUCCUUUUCCUCUCUGCUACUGCUGUCAUCGCUUCCCCACAGCCAGAGAAGCGUGAUAUCAUCGACGAUGUCACCUCCGGCAUUGGAAACGUCGGCUCAGAAAUUGGCGGUAUCGCAUCAGAUAUCGGCGACAUCGGCAAGAGCUUGACCUCCUUGUUCCCCUCCGCCACGGCCAUCCCAGCCUCUGUCUGGAGCAGCCUGACGGACGCUUCUGACAUCAAGUCCUUCGGCUCCUCGCUGCACAGCGCUAUCUCCGACCACCAUGCCCCAGCCUGGUUCUCCAGUCUGCCCGCCAGCGCCCAGAGUGCCGUCAGCAGCGCCGCCGCCAAAAUCACUGAGGAAAUCGGUAGCCAUUUCCCUAGCGCUACUCAGACUAAUGCUCCUGGCGCAACGGCUACCAGUGGCUCCCAUGGCACCAACAGCCCCAAUGCUGCUCCUCGCGCCACCGCUCUAGCGGCCAGUAUCGCUGGUGCUGCCGGUAUCCUUGGCCUCGCUAUUGCCUUGUAG